AUGUUGCAUAAAUUUCUGUUGCAUCAGCCUGCCUUUGCCAAGCAAGAGAUGAUGGAAGAAAUUCCCAGGCUCAAAAACAAAAUUUUGAAAGGAUUUCAAUCUGCUCUUGAUCUCUCCAGGUCCGAGCUCAAAAAUUCAGAAGAAGAGUCUUGUUUCUUUCAUACAUUGAAUGAAUCUAUCAGUCUUUUUAACAAAUACAUUAGUUUGGAAUAUUCAUUUUCAAUUGAAGAACGAAUUGAGAUACUGGAUUUGACUCUUCCUUUUCUUGUGGAAGAAAAAUUUGGAGGAAUUGGUUUCAUUGAAAUUCGUACAAAAAUUGCAGAGCUACUCUACACACUUCUCAAACAAAGAAAGGUAGUUUCGGGAAUGCAGAAUAGCCCAUCGAUGAAAGCAAUAACAUGCUGGAAGAGAUUGUAUGAGUUGAUCAGACAAUCAUUUUUUAAAAAGCAGCGUCAAGUGGACUAUGGUGUUCCAAGUAAUCCUGAGCUAUUCAUCAAGUAUGGGUUAUCAUUAAUUAAGGCCAUUUGUAAAUUGAGAAAUUUCUUUCCAACCACUGCAACAAAAGAAAUACUAGAUACUUUUACAGGAAGAAUGUCUGUCUAUCAUACCGAGUAUUACAUAUCAUUGUGCUGUCUAUGUUUGUUCCUACCUACAAGCUUCCGAGCUGUCGACUACCUGCAAGGAAAAUGCAAUUAUUGGAUUGACCAUUUAAUUGAGCUUUGGAACUCUACCACCUCUAACUCGCCCUUAAUUGAGGUGAACUUCUUUUCAUUAUUUUAUCGCAUGUCGAGAGAUCGGUGUGGAGACAUUCAGAUCUUUCAACCUCAUUUAGAUGAUAUUUUCUCCGAAAUUUUAAGAUGUAUGGAUGUACCUGUCAAAAUUACCGUCUCUGCGUUAAGCAACAAAAUGGGUGUGAAAUUAUCUGUAGAAAAUCAAGAUGAUAACAGUGUAUCAAGGUUGUAUCGAUUGGCAUCAUCCACAGGCGCUGAUCCACCCGAAGCAUGCAAUCUAUUUUGGUCCGACUCUCCCAAAGGAAUUGCCCUCAAAUAUGCUGCUCAACUUUGUGUUUAUUUAUUAGAUUUCCCAGAAACGCUACAAUUUUUGUCACAACUGGUUCAUUCCGUAGAUGAUCAAUUCUUAUGGAACUCAAAUUUAAUUGCAUUUAUGCAUGAACUAAUAAGAGCUUUAACUAAAAGGUUAAAACGAGAACAAGCGUCUACGUCCACAAUGCAGCUGUCACCUAAAGUGGUGGAUGAGAUUGUGGACAUGGUAUUUUCUGUAUCAAAAGCUAUUUUAUUUUCAGAGGAUGUUGAAAUAUGGAUAGUUGACAUUGAAGUUAUGAAACACCUCUGCUUUAUUCGACCCAAGCGUAUAAUUGCAUCUAUUUUUGAAAUUAUUCAGAAUAGCUUGCAAAAUUUUAGUAAGGCGAACCAGAUUUCAACUACCAUAGAGUUGUUAAAUGUUGUAUUAAUUCCACUCUUGUCACGUUGUGAUGAAGUUCCAGAAAUUAGAGAGUAUUUAUCUCAAGUUUUGAUGACGAUUGUCUUAAAUAUUGAGAUCACAGACAACAUGAAAGCAAUUCGCGCAUAUGAGUUUCUGUCCCGUGUUUUCCAGCUUGUUCCCAUUAUCGAAUCAAGUAAUGCUAACGAAACGCCAUCAGCUGUAUCUCUUUUUGAGGAUUUUGCAAUUGAAUUUGUCAACCGAACACUAGAAUUUUUAAGCAACGUGACAUAUACUGAUCUUUCCAAGAAUUACUACAGAGUAAUGAUUUCCGUCUCGCUUUUCUUUCAACAGCUCUCACCUCGACUUCACAAAUUGUGCUUCCAGAAAAUUGUCUUGUAUUUGACCACAAAUUUUUUACCAGAUUGUUCUAAACAAUUUAGGGACUUGAUCCAUUAUGCAAGCUCCUACUACUGUGAUCACUAUAAUCCAAUGACCAUUGUUAUCUCAGAGUUGGUACCAAAAGUAAUACGAAGCGACAAUAACAUGACCGAUAAGGAGCUCAGUUACUAUUUAAAAAUUGUUGGAAAAAGUUUUAAGAAUAAUAAUAAUGCCAUCCACCAUGCAAAUAUAGUCAGACAAAUCAUUGACGUCCAUUUAAACCGCAUGAAGAAAGAAGUAGAUUUAAGUAUAAUAACCGCCAUUGGAAAACUUGUGCGACAUUAUAUUGAAAGCUUAACUACUGUAUACCUCUUGGAAAAAAGGAGUGUUCCUUUUUCAACAUGGAAUUCUUCAAGUUUUAUGAAAACCAAUCAUUUUCUCCACUGGGGAAAGUUAGUGGACCUCAAUUCAGAGACUGAAAUUGAAGCAAAAUGGCAUAUCCCAAGAAGCGAAGAGCUUAUAGAAGCUGGUUUGAUAUAUGACAUAUGUAUGGAUCUAAUUAUGACAAAACUCGAUAAUCGAUGCAUAGAUGAGACAGAUGAUCUUCUUACAACAUUAACUCUAUUGAGAUAUGUCAUGAAAGGAAGCUCAAUGAUGCUCGAUGAGAUUCCAGAAAAUGCUGAGCAAUCAACAAAAUUCUUCUCUACGAUUGCAAGCAGCAAGUAUUCAAGACUUGACAUUGCAAAAAAACUCUCCUUAAUUCUGAAAGAGUUUACCUCCCGUAUGAACACAAGCACAUUAACUGAACACAAAUCAACAGACAACACAGAUAUAAUCACUUCUCUAAUCGACCUCAUUCAAAUAUGUAUCGUCUAUCGAAGAAUGAACUAUACAAGCACCAGAGAAAACACAACACAAUUAUGGAACGCCAUCAAGAUGUAUUAUUUUAAGAGUUUAAAUAGAAAGCAUCAUUAUCCAAGAGCUGCAGUUCUUGACCGAAUUCUUAUACUUUACAAAUGGAGAGAAGCACUGCAACGAACAAAGUGCUGUCUACAUGAAAAGUAUUUCAGCGAAGUGCAUGCCACUCUUCUCAAUGAUUUAUUUCAUUUGGCCACAACAUCGGAAUAUGAAAACAUUCGUGAAAAAGCUAAAAUAUGCUUUUUCAAAAUUUCCAAUUUGUUUAAACGCUCUCAUAGGAAGCUGCUAGAUCCAUACAUUUCAACAUGCAUUUCAACCUUAACAGAUCCAUCAUGCACAAACAAAUAUCAAGUGAUAGGGUGCAUUGAAUUUUUGUCAUCUCUUAAUGUUAUCAAGACCAUUUGUAGAAGCUGGUUGCAGGUGAGCCGUUGUUUCCAUACGCUAUUCUUGUGCUCUACGGAUGAUCAUGAGGUGCUUUCAAAGAUCCACAUUGUGAUAGCACUGUAUGCAUCAUUGUUUUUUGAAAUUCCAAUACUGAAUGAUGAGUCAAGUAAGCUCUACAAAAUUACAGUUCAUAACCUGGCAACUCUUUUGGAACGAAACAGCAUGUCUUGGAAUUAUCAAGUAGUUAUUAUGAAAAUUUUAAAAAUGUUGGUGUGGCAAGAUCCCAAAUCUGAACACGACACCUUCCCUCAUGAAUAUUUAAGGUUAAUUGCGAAAUGUAUGAUCAGCGAGAACACGAAUUUGAGAAUGUUAUCCUUGAGUACAAUGAAUAGAGUACUUCUCCAACUCAAGCCACACCAACCUUUUCAGAUUUUGAACAAUUCUGACACAAUCAAAAGUUUGAUAGAACAUAGGGUUGAUGCCUGCUCAUGCAGUGCAAUGAUUGACAAACCUUAUCAUUACGCGACAGGGUAUUUGUCAGAUGUAAACGGUGUGCUUUCAUUUUUACCGAAUGAGCUGAAAGUAUAUGAUUACUCCAUGCAAUUACAACCAUCAUCAUUCUAUAUAUCAUUAGAGGUAAUUCAAAGGUUGAUGAAUGAUACUGCUUGGUGGAAACAAUUUUUCGACUAUGCCACGGAUGGAGACACAUCGACAACCCCUACAUUUAGAAUGCAAAUGGCAUUCUUUUUUAAAGGACUUUGUCAAGUAAUUGGCCCAAAAAUUAUUGACAUUUUCAACACUUUUUGGGAUUCUAUAUUAUCAAUUUCAAAUGAUGAUCCGAGUCUUGAUUUUGUGAUUCGAAUGUCAAGCGAAAUAUUUACUGGAUGUGUACGAGGAUCAAAACACUGGCAAGCUCAAGUCCGUAGAAAACUGUUUGGUCUUCUUCUCCCCAAACUUGAAAGAAUGGUAGGGCUGAGUUCUCAUAACUCAUGCAAUUUAAUAGUGUCACAUGCUCUCGCCCAUUGCGUUCGAGAUUUAGAUUAUCGAAGAAAUAAGGAAUUAAUUGAUUUCCUAAUAUCUAGCCUUGACCUUGGCAAUGCUGACACACUAUUACAAACAAAGAUUCUCAAUUUAACGUUUCAUGUUCUUGCUAACUGUGGAGCCAUCAAACACUGGUACCAACAUCUUGUGGACUACAAAUUAAUUCCAUUUCUGAGACAUACUCAUUUUUCCAUUCGAGAGCUUAUUGGGAGUACAAUAGGUUUAGGAUUUCUGGACAAGUAUCAUUUUCGCAUUAGUUCAGAUGUUGGUUCUUGUCAAGAAAAAGAUCCAUAUCUAGUCAGCAUUCUUCAAACUUUUGCGAGUCAAUUAGAUAAUCCUCAAUCUGAAGAGCAAUUUGAAUAUGUAUGCUCUGUCUUUGUUGAAUGUGUAAUUCGAACUAUGAUUCGAGCGCCCAAUAUUUUAACACCUUAUCUAAGUUCAAUUUUUACCAUUCUAUUAUCCAAUAUUAACAACAGUCAUAGCAAUGAAAUGACACUUCAAGCAAGUAUUGUUUGUGCAAAAAUAGCCACAAUCAUUAACAGACAAGCUGUAGACAGUAUUUACACCUUGUCACUGAACACCAUACAACAGACUCCACUCCAUAAAUCAGACAGUACUGACACAUGGAAAGGAAUGACCUUAUUAUCAUUUAUUGGAAACUUUACAUUCAAAAAUCAAUUUUAUAUAUUUAAGUAUGACGAGAGCUAUCAAACAUUAUGUGAUGCAUAUCUUAGUUGUCUCCUUAAAGACAAAAACAUGCUCAUUCGUCAGCUAGCGUCUGACAUGCUUUGCCCUCUUUUGAAAAUUAUGCCAAACAAGAUGUUAUUGACGUUUUCAAAACUCUUCCUAACUCAAGCAAAAGCAUUAUUAGACAGCAGCACAACUCAAAAGAAAGAUGAAGAUCCUGUUUACGUUGGAUUAGGUUUGAGCUCUAUUGUGAAAGCUUUUUCACACAGUUAUGACAUUCCUACCUUUCUACCAAAUGUCAUGGAGCACUUGGCAAGAAUGAACAAAUUUUCAACAGGUGUUCAAGGCCAACUUUUGCAACAGAUUAUUCGAGAAACAUUUGAUAUUUUCUUCCGCUUGCAACAAUCGAUUGAUCGUUGGGAACAAAACAAGACGAAAUUCACACAACAACAGCUUGAAUAUGUUUCAGAGGUGUUGUAUUCACCUAGUCAUUACGCUUAA